UUGCGUUCGGGGCUGGCAAAGAGGUGCCGAUCCGCGCAGAACUGAUGCAGUACGAACGGCGAUUUGUUGAACUGUCGGAUGAAAUUCGGUGGAAACUUCAGGAAACUCGCAAGUACUACGCGACCUACAACUCCUCGAUGGACAGCAACAAGGUUUUAGAGAAGGAGAUCGCUUUGCUGAGCUCCAUUCAAAGCCGAUUCGAUCAGGCGAUAGCAACACCCCAAGGGAGGGAGAAACUGCUCGAGUCCUUGUCGGCGAUUGCUGCUAGCGUGAAGGCGUCGGAACAGAAGGCAGAGCAGAAAGUGAAGGGGGAGCUGGAGACGCUGAGCAUGCUGAAAAACAGACAUGCAAUGGCAGUCGCAGCACAGAGACAGUAUUUUGCUCUUCUCAAGCAGCUCCAAGAGGAGUGCGCACGAGGAGAGCGUCUCCAUCAAACACUGCAGGGGAAGGCUAUGCAGGCCGCAGCCUCCUGCUGAAAAUGAUGGGCGGAUAUCGCAAGAAUAUCAUCUCCCAUUUUUGAAGUAAAUGGGAAACAGAUGU